AUGAUCUAUGUGGCCUGAUGUGUAUUCAUUGGUUGUAUGUUUUUCCUUUGGACCACUCUGACGGGAAAUAUAUUCUCUAGCGGUGAUUGUGAGAGUAUAAAAUGGUAGUGAUAUAGGAGGAAGACACGAAAUUGAGACAGCAAAAGGCCAUGGAGGAAACGAGGCCACUCAAACUCUACUUCAUUCAUUUCCUAGCAGCAGGUCACAUGAUCCCUCUAUGCGACAUAGCCACCCUCUUCGCCUCUCAUGGCCACCAUGUCACCAUCAUCACCACCCCUUCCAACGCCCUAACUCUCCGCAAAUCCAUCCCCUCCCACCCCUUCCUCCGCUUCCACACCGUUCCAUUUCCCUCCCAAGAAGUCGGUCUCCCCGACGGCAUCGAAAACAUCUCCUUCAUCACCGACCCUGAUCACCUCGGUAAGGUCUUCAACGCCACCACCAUGCUCCAAACUCCCAUCCAGAACUUCGUGGAGGAGAAUCCACCUGAUUGCAUCGUCGCCGACUUUCUAUUUCCCUGGGUUGAUGACUUGGCCAACAACCUUAAAAUCCCUAGACUUGCCUUCAACGGCUUCUCUCUCUUCACCAUUUGCGCCCUACACUCCUCCUCCAACUCUUCCAAUUCUCUUCUCUGUCCGACCCUCCCUCACCCCAUAACCCUCAACGCAUCACCGCCGAAGGAGUUGACCGAAUUCCUUGAUAAGAUGAUGGAGACGGAGCUCAGAAGCUACGGCCUAAUCGUGAACAACUUCGCGGAGCUCGACGGAGAAGAAUACAUCCAGUACUACGAGAAAACGACGGGGCACAAGGCUUGGCAUCUUGGGCCGGCCUCUCUCAUACCCAGAACCCCUGAAGAGAAAGCAGAGAGGGGCAUGAAGAGCGUGGUGAGUAUGCAUGAGUGCUUGAGUUGGCUUGACUCCAAGGCGAAAAACUCGGUGGUGUACAUAUGCUUUGGGAGCCUUUGUCAUUUCCCUGAUAAACAGCUUUACGAGAUUGCAUGCGGGAUUGAAGCGUCAGGUCAUGGGUUCAUAUGGGUGGUGCCGGAGAAGAAGGGGAAGGAGGAGAGUGAGGAAGAGAAGGAGAAGUGGAUGCCCGAGGGGUUUGAAGAGAGGAAUGCAGAGAAGGGGAUGGUUAUCAGGGGGUGGGCUCCGCAGUUGGUUAUCCUUAACCACCGUGCCGUUGGAGCAUUCUUGAGCCAUUGCGGGUGGAAUUCCACCGUGGAGGCUGUGAGUGGUGGCGUGCCCAUGAUUACGUGGCCGGUGCACGGAGAACAGUUCUACAACGAGAAGCUGAUAAGCGAGGUGCGGGGAAUUGGGGUGGAGGUGGGCGCAGCAGAGUGGAGCAGCAUAGGGUUUGGUGAGAGAGAGAUGUUGGUGUGCAGAGAGAGCAUUGAGAGAGGUGUGAGGCGGAUAAUGGACGGUGGUGAUGAAGCGCAAGAAGUGAGACGGCGUGCACAAGAGUUUGGGGAAAAGGCGCGAGAAGCUGUUGGAGAAGGAGGUUCAUCUCACAAGAAUUUAACAGCACUCAUUCAUGAUCUUAUGCGGCUCAGGGAUGCCAAGCUUCUCUCUUAGCUUAAUAGCCAUUUUUUCCAUGGAUUUCUUUUAGCUUUCUGGUUCUUCAAUGGUCACAAUUGCCUCAGAGAUUAAAAAAAAAGAAACAAAAAACAAAAAACAAAACAAAAUAUUAUUUUACGCAUGAUUUCACGUAACCACAAAUCGGGUAUAUCCCAUCUUUGUAAGAAAAAGCUUAUUUGAUAACAUUUCACUAUUAUUUUUGACAAUUUUUAUCGAGCUAAAAUAGUCUUAUCAAAAUUUAACUUUUGUAAUUUUAAAAAGGAUUCCGUUAUUUUGACACCAUAAAUUUGACACUCAUUUGACACUGCCACGUGUCAACAUGCUAUUGGCCAAUAAAUUUUUUUUUUUUUUUUUUAAAUUUUGUCUGAAAAAUGCAGUUUUAGAGAGAGAAUGUUUUCCUUUUCUACCCCUGGACAUUUUGAGUUUGAAUGUGAAGGAUUGGUUCUGUCUCAGAAUUGGUUUCUCUCUCACAUUUAUCGUCUUCUCCAUUAACGCUCACGGACUACUCUUCUCCACAAUCUCGUCGUCUCCAUUGCUCUCCACUGCUCUGAAAUGGCAAGUUCCGGAUUCGAGCAUCGCUGGACGAAGUUGAGUGUGCGUCAUUCAUUUUCAACCAUGUAUAUUAGCGCUCUCAACGAACGGUUGACAGAGGACCAAAGGGAAGUCAUCUCCAAGACUCCAUUUUUUUGGUUUUUAGAGUUCAGUGGUAAAGUG